AUGCUUUGCGACCUCCUGGCCGGCCAACAGGUGCUCUGCACCUCCAUCGAAUGCAUGGACCGUCGACUCGCGGAGACCUACCGGUGCGUCAUCGACACCGAACUUCAGCAACGGGCACACCACCUCGCCAUCAAGUGCUUGGAGGCACAACACGAUUCAUCUUCAUCCACACCCGUGCCAGUUGGCGACGAUCUGUUACUUGACCCACACGCUGACGAGUACUCCAGCGGCCUCACCGGCGGGCCGCGCAUGGACGACCAUGCUACAAACCGUCCUCGGUUCGGGCCACCCCUAUGCGCCAUCUCCUUGGGCGAACUGGCCAAGGAGAAGAUGAUCGUGGCCGAGGAGAAGAAAGAAACAAAGUGUGCUGCAGCGUUACCUCAACCUCCUGCGGUGGUGGCAAAAGCACGUGGCGGUUUGGAGCGAAAGGAGGUCGAUGGUGCUCAACUUCUUGGCCGGUGCGGAGGUGGAGUCCAUUUGGCUUCAGGACAGGGUCAUUGGCUAUACAUGGCAGAAAAGGAGCCUAUUUUGAGUAGCUUCCUGUACGCCAGUGUGUUGUCUCAUGACUGUCUGGAGCGAGCGUUGAGCUUUACCCUUGCAAACAGGCUUGAAGAUCCAACACUGCUUGCUACCCAGCCAAUUGACAUUUUUAAUGAUGUUAUGAUGAAUAACAAAGAUAUAUGCCGUUCCAUUCGCCUUGAUGCUCAGGCCUUCAAAGACAGAGAUCCAGCUUGUGCACAAUAUAGCUGGGCAUUGUUAUACCUAAAGGGUUAUCAAGCCUUGCAAUCCUAUAGGAUAGCUCAUGUUUUAUGGAAUCAGGGACGUAGAGUUUUGGCAUUGGCACUGCAAAGUCGUAUUAGUGAGGUCUUUGCAGUGGAUAUACACCCAGCUGCCAAGAUUGGCGAGGGAAUAUUGUUGGAUCAUGGAACAGGCCUAGUUAUUGGCGAAACUGCUGUGGUUGGAAAUUGGGUUUCAUUAAUGCAGGGUGUUACACUUGGAGGUACUGGCAAGGAACAUGGAGAUAGGCACCCCAAGAUCGGUCAGGGAGCUCUUAUUGGAGCUGGUGCUACUAUCCUCGGCAAUAUAAAUGUAGGUGAAGGUGCCAUGAUUGCUGCUGGCUCCCUUGUUUUAAAGGAUGUACCUCCCCACAGUAUGGCUGUAGGUAAUCCUGCAAAGGUAGUUGGGUAUACAGAGAAAGAAGAUCCUUCUUUAACUAUGAAACAUGAUGCAAGAAGAGAUUAUUUUGAGCAUGUUGCCAUCAGAUAUUCAGAUGAUACAGCUAACGGAAGUGUUGUGAAGUAAAAAGUUCGACAAACUUGAAACAAACAAGUGCCAUUCUGGACAUUUCUUCACGGGCACAAGGAUGGAUAUAUUUGAUGAGCUCAAGUGCUUCUCCUUUUGCUCAGGCAAGCUACUGAAGAAGAUGGAAAGCCAGUUAUACUUUUGUCUCCGUAGUCUGCUGUAAUAACGUCAGCAUUGUUGACAAACUUGGUAGAAUGGUUUAUUUAUACUGCAGAGAUCUCCAAGAGCAAGCAUAUACUGCAGCCUAAACCUAUGAUGAGCUACUUUCAUGAACCAGAGUUAUAUGUAGUGGUAUAGUAGAAACAGGUAGGAUUAUUUAUGUAAGUCCAUCAGAGACGCCUGCUUCAGUGCUCGCCCUUCCAAGAAAGUUUACGAAUCUCGAAAGGAAAGCAGUUAGUGUUGAACAAGUGUUCUUUAGACUGCUUCAGUUAGUGUUGAACGUUGGAAUUUUCAACAAUUCUUGUGGGAAUUAAAGUGUCUUAUGCCA